AUGGAGAAUCGGCCAUAUACAGGAAAAGGCCAAGUUGUCCAAACUCUUCGCCCCGUCAUGGAGCCUUCACCAACGCCGCCGUCUCCGCCGAGCAACAGACGGGGCCGGCCGAGAGUGGAGACGAGAUCAAAGGCAGAAGAGCAUCGAAGAAACCAACUCCGUGAAGCUCAAAAGCGAUACCAAACGAAACGAGACAUCAAGCUCGGCUCGCUGGAAAAGGAAAACGCCAAACUCCGGCGCAAGCUGCGCGUCUUGUCGAUGCUGCUGAGGGAGUUUGCGAGCCAAGUGUCACAGCUGGACGAGUACAGAGGGAUACCUCAGCUGGAGUUCCUGCUGAGCGGUGCAAAGAGCCAGGUUCGUCAGGUUGUGGCCCUGGAUGAGCAGCCUGAAGCCGACAAGUCUGUUGUUGAGAUUUUGAGUUGUCGCUCGGCACCGACUCCGCCUGUUGGUACGGCUCGUCCGGCGCCUUUUGAUGUUCUUCAGGCGUGGGGGCUGCAGGAGAUACACUAUGAUUGUUAG